CGUCACGAUACGUCAUGACCAAAACAUUAAAUGUUCUUUCCUUGAAGUUCCGUGAGAAAUGCCUCAAACAAUGAUACCAGCCUUGAAUGUGUUGUUAGCCUUAUUUUCAGCCGUUGUUGCGUAAAUUCGUAACCAUGUUUUACGUCCCAAGUGGUGCUCUAAGCGGAACACCGAGCAAUGGUAGCAGUGACGGUGUCGAUGGCGCGCAAUUCUCGGUGUGCGCUUCUCGGAAUUUGUCUGGGCUGUUAGACGAACAGCGAAAGAGAGGAGUUGGCAUGGCCUUACUAACAAUUACAGUUGUUCAAGGGCGAAAUCUUCCUGUUAUGGAUCCUACAGGAAAGUCUGAUCCAUAUUGUGUACUGAGUGUUGGUAACCAGGAGCAGCGUACAGCUGUGCAAUAUAAUACCAUUGAUCCUGAAUGGCAUGAGACGUUACAGUUUGAAGUCAGUGGAGUACCUCAACUUAUGCAGAGUGAACCAAUUGAGAAUGCCAUGAAUUGCUGCCUUCAACACUAUGUUCAGAUUGAUGUGUGGGACUAUGAUACUCUCAAUCGUGAUGACUUCAUGGGUAGAAUUCAAAUUCCAGUCUCCAUUCUGUCGGAAGAAACAACAGCUCGGUGGUUCCCUCUGGGAAGAGGUUCAGCCAAAGAUAAUGUUCGUGGUGAAAUAUUCUUUGAGCUGACCCUGAAGGCAUCUCGGCCAAUACCAAGAUGGUGUGUGGACCAUGAGCUGUAUUCUCUUUGCAAAAGGAAACCUGGAUUUGAGAUUCCUGUGGCAUUUGGAGAUUCUUUGGUUGAUUUCCCAGGUGAAGCAGAGAGAGUGGAGAUGGUUAUUGAUGAUGUAGUUGUUGAAGUCAGUAAACACAGAGGUAUUGGGAGAAUGUACCUCACAAAUUUCAGACUUGUGAUUCUCUGUCACCUGUCAGGUUUGACUGCAGCUGGGAAUACUUAUGACAUGUCUUUGACGGUUGCAUUGAACAAUAUCCAUUCAGUUGACAGAGGAGAAGAUGAAAAGGUUGUUUCAAGGACUGUUAGAGGCAAUGCUGGUGUCUCUGAUGUGAAGACCCUGACUAUACGAUGUUGGGAUUUCCGUACCAUCCGGCUAAUCUUCAUGAGAAAACCUCAAUAUUUGCAAAGCUUUUAUUUGCCUCCGGAGCCAGGAAGUAUGCAGUCCAGUCCAGAUUCCAUUCUUGCUUCAUUGCAACCCAACAGUGCAGAGUGUAUCAAAGACUCAAGCCUGCCGUCAAUAGGUUCGGAAGGGGAGGGCACUGAAGGGAAGCAGCCUUCAGGUCAGUCUCAACCAACAGACCUUCUCGUGCCAAAUGACUCCACAGGUAACCUCACACGACCUAGCAGUUGCAGCAGUUUCCAGAUCCUGUCACGCAGUAGUAGUAGUAGUAGUAGCAGUGUGGCGGGUGUCAGCUCACAUGGGUCUGAUGGUCCGCAGCUUGUUCCUCAAGGUAGCUCAGGGGUGUUGGGUCCAGGAUUAUUAGCGGCGGCUCUCAGUGGUGUAGGACCAUUAAGUAAUGCGUCGGAGAGAUUGAAGACUGAGUUGAUACCAGCGUCCACAUUUUUAAAUCUUUACAUAAAUGUGUUUUAUCAAAGAUUAGAGUACCUGGCCUUGAAUGCUGUCGACAAUCCUCCGUCGCUGCACUUUGUUAAAACACUGCCAAGGGACACAGAACUAAGCGGCUGGAGUGUGUAUGACUUCCAUGAGGAGUUUGCAAGGCAGCAGGUCUCUGACAAAUGGCGUGUAAGUGUGAUCAACCAAGAGUUUCUCCUUUGCUCCUCGUACCCGCCACUUUUUUAUGUUCCUGCAGAAAUACAGGAUUCUACUCUGAAAGAGUGUGCUGCAUUUCGUAGCAAAGGUCGUCUUCCAGUCCUUUGUUGGUACAAUUUUAAAAAGGGGAAUUUUAUUAUGCGCUGUGCACAGCCAAAGACUGGACCUGCUUUUAAGAACUCAGUUGAUGAUGAAUCUGUCAUUAGCACUGCUAGAAAGUGUAACAAAUUUGCAGACAAGCUGGUUAUCUUUGAUGCAAGGUCGAUGUUUGCUGCUGGUGGAAACAUGUUGAAAGGAAAAGGAACGGAGGACACCAUAAACCGCUAUCAAGGCUGUCAGCUAUUGUUCCUUGAUAUUCCUAAUAUUCAUGCUGUGAGAGAUAGUUUGUACAGACUGCAAGGUGUCUGUGAGUCUUCGGCACAGAAGAAAUGGCUUUCCCAUUUGGAAUCCACCCAGUGGUUGGCCUACAUCACUUGUAUUCUAAAGGGUGCCGUGACGUUAGCACGGUUUGUUGAUAAGGGAGCCGCUGCCGUGGUGCACUGCAGUGACGGGUGGGAUCGAACGUCACAGCUGACGUCAUUAGCUCAACUCCUAUUGGAUCCGUUUUACAGAACAAUAACAGGAUUCCAGGUUCUCAUAGAAAAGGAGUGGAUAUCUUUUGGUCACCGGUUCCGUGAUCGGCUCGGUCAUCCAACAUGUCCUAGUCAGCGGUCGCCCGUGUUUUUACAGUUCUUGGAUUGUGUGUGGCAGAUUGUGCAACAGUUUCCUAGUGCUUUUGAAUUUACUCCGCUGUAUUUAGUUAGAAUAGCAGAACAGGUUAAUUCGCAAUGGUUUGGAAAUUUUCUUUGUAAUAACAUGAACGACCGAAAAAAAAUGCUAGUAUCAACUUUAACCUUAUCACUAUGGGCUCAUUUAAGAGCGGAUGAAGACUCCUUCCGGAAUCCAACUUACAGGAAAUAUAACGAGACAUUAUUUCCCGUGUCCAACCCAAGAAGACUUCAGCUGUGGGUAGAUUACUUCCUAAGAUUCGACGAGACAGCUUGGUCCACUCAGGAUCCGGCCAUCCAGGAUGACGAGGGGGACACAGAGCCGAUGGUUACCAAGCCGCUGGACUCAGUCAUAUGGGUUCCGGAUGAGCGAGCGCGGGAAUGUGCCGAUUGUAAGCAAAGAUUCACUCAGUUCAGGAGAAAGCAUCACUGCAGAGCAUGUGGUCAAGUAUUCUGCAGUGAGUGUUCAAAACAGAAAAUUCGCCUUCCUCAGUUCGGUUACAUGAAUCCUGAAAGAGUGUGUGAGAACUGCUUUCAACAAAACAUCAGACAAGUGGACGAAGAGGAUGAAGAUGAAUUUGAAGUGAUCGCUCUGCCACAUUUUCCAACGUAAACCUUCCUGGCGAAGCACGAGGACAGUUGUCGAAACCAAGAUCUGCGCAAAACUCUGGGAUAGUUCAUCAGAUAAAGCACUUGUCUUACCAGAUGAAGAUAGCUGUCAACUGUGGCGGAAUGGAAUUGUGAUCGCGAAAUGUCAGCUCAUUAGCAGGAUUUGCAGGGAGCGUUUGAAAAAUUCCCACACAAUUUAAAUUGAGGGUUGUGAUAACAAUAGGGAAUAUGCCUAACAAGGAAAUGUUCUUUAACAUGAUAUAUUUCGAUCAUAUCAGUGUAACAAAUGUAUCCCAUGUUUCUGUGCGUCUGUUGAGUUGAUCACAGAUGAUGUCAAAAUGUGGUAAGAACAAUUAAGGAGCUCAUAAGUAACCUCGUUCCCAGGGUCUCUCAUCUUCCCGCCCCGCUCAAGGGGGCGGGAAGAUGAGAACGAGGUUGGCUUGUUAGGCGCAGUGUCACAGAUUUUAAUCACAAUUUUAAUGCCCUUUGUGAUCUGUUAUUUUACAGACACACAGCAACAUGGAGUCUAUUUUGUAUGAUAAAGAAGCAGAAAAUUGUUAAUGGUGACGUCAUCUAUGCGUCUGUCCUCCAAUAGAUCAUAACUGAGAAAGAACCAAUCAACUUACGAACGUGAUUUAGCUUACUGUAGAACUAGCUAUGGAAAGUUCUGCAGAAGAGUAAUUGUGCUGUUACUAUAUAAAUUCCAUCUUUUCGUAUAGAAUAUAACAAGAAAUAUUUUUAACGGAGAACUGAAUAUUUAAGCCAUUCUAGAGGAGGCCCAUUGAUGAAGGCUAAUGAAGGCUAAUGAAGGCAGACUUCGGUACUUUUAUUCUUAAAAAUUCUUGUGAAAAUGUGACUUAGACGUAAACGUAACGAAGUUUUAUAACCUGAAAAAAUUAAUCAGUUUUCACUUAGUUUUAUGCUUUCAAAAAGGGUCAAUCUUACUUUAGACGUGAUAAUUGGUUUCUUUAAAACAUGAGAUUUCAACAAGAAUGCGGAGCUAUCAAUUUAUCUCGAAAUUUUUAGGAAAUUAUAAUUUAUAAAGUAUUUUCAUUUGUGACAUUAAAUCAAAGCAAAUUCAGAGGAACGAAAAUCCGUUUGGCACCUCUAUAACGCGCGACCGAGCUCAAAGUUUCUAUUUUAAAUGGAGACACUGAGGACGGACUGGGGACAGGAAGCGAUGGGAUUAAAUAGAAGGGUACGGGCAGGGGGAGGGUACAGGGCCGAAGGUAAACGAGAAAUCAAAUAGUACGAAAUUACAACCGACCUCUCUUCCCUCUACCAUGAGUUUUUCGAAAGUUUAUUGUACAUGGUUCUUACAAUCUUGAAAAGGUCUUGAAUUUUAACGGUCGUCUUGAAAAGUCCUUGAAUUUUGUUAAGUCCUUGAAAAGUACUUGAUUUCCUUAGUAGGUCAUGAAAAGCCCUUGAAACUUAGCAACUUCUGUGCGCCUUAUCGCUUUUCUGAUAAAUUAAACGAUUUUGCUAUGGAAAAUUUGUCCACUAGUAACUACCAAAAAGCGAAAAUGGUCGGUAUAAAACAUGAGUGGUACAGGAAGCAAAGUUGGAUCUGUGCCUCAAUUUCAUGUGCAAGGCCUCCGAUGUGGGGCAGUCCACCAUGUGCUUUUGUUUUAAGGGGCAACGUAAACAUGUGGUUUGGCUAUGUUUUGGUCGAUGAAUUUUUCAUUUCCCUUUGUUUUCAAUUUAAUUGAGCGAUGGGCAAAUGUGUAUUCAAUCGUAAAUGGUUU